ACAGCUGACCGUCAUAUAAGUAUAUCGAUAGCUGAUUGUAUAAGCAUGCAAUAAGUUUCAAGUUUUUAUAAAAAAAUCAAAAUAGCCAUGGAGAAACUAGUAUGUUCCAGCAUGAAACUCAUCCAGAUGCAGAUGCCGCAAGCAGUAUCAUUGGGAGUGCGUUCGUUGCUUCCGGGCUUACAAAGUGCGUGCCAAUUACAGCAGGUACGCCAUCGACAGACUAAGCACUGGAAGCCUGAAUUUAAAAGGUUGCGCAAGCAGAAGUUUGUCAAGAUUGAUUUGCCCAACUUGCGCGAGAAACCUGCAGAUAUAAGCAAGGAUGAGAUGCGUAGCCGUAUGAAAGAACGUGGUGUAUUGCCUCCGCGUCCAUGGAUGGAACGUCCGUUCCACAUCAGUUGCACGGGUGGAAUAUUUGAGGCUUACGUACCACCAGAAGGAGAUGGCAAGAAAUCUAUAAUUUCCUCUUCGGGCGCUAAGCAGAAAUUGGAAUUUCUCGAAAAGAAAUCUAAAAGUCUUAUGGCUGUACGGAAAAUACGCUCUUACGAGGAGAACUUCAGCAGCGACGACUUUGGUGCACAAGCCCAGGAGAUUUACAUAGCUGCACAUACGCAUAUGGCGGCAAAGGAGAAGUAUGCGAUAAGAGAGUUUGUUAGCGAACGUUGCUAUCCCGAAAUGAUGCACAAUGUUAAAGAUAAGACAAUACAUUGGCGAUUCCUACAAUCGUUGGAGCCGCCUCGUGUGGUGCACGCUCGCGUCACAGAAGUUAUCACCAAGGAGAAUCAGUUUGCUCAGGUUACAGUACGCUUUCAUUCUCAACAAAUGCUGGCUAUAUAUGAUCGAUUUGGUCGACUAAUGCAUGGUAGUGAGAUUCUUAGCAAAGAUGUUUUAGAAUAUGUUGUGUUUGAAAAGCACAUUUCCAAUGAGUACGGCAAAUGGCGACUGCAUGACAAGAUCAUUCCCGAUUGGCUACCAGCAAAGCAACCAGCACCUAUUACGUAUCGCAUCACAGACGAAAUUGUGGAGGACACUCCCAAGGAGCUAAGCGCCGGCGAGCAGCCAAAGCAAUUGGAAUCAUCCAGCACUAAUCAGCAAACGGAACAUAUUAACAUAAGCAGCGUCCAAGCAACAGCCACAUCUCAGACGUCCGAGCACGGCGCUAAGCCGAGCAUAGCUAUUUGAUUAUACUUUCUGUGGGCUGCCUGGCGGCUCAGAAGAUUUCACGUUCACAUUUUAUAA